AUGAACACGCACUGCUUGAACUCACCUUUGCCAGCCGUAGCGCCUAGGUUGAGGCACUUUUCGUACAUUUGCGAUACCAAAGCCGCACGUACGGACAGCCCUAUACAGUUGGUACGGAACCAGAACUGCGAGCUGAAAACGGCCUACGAGGCCAUGGCGCAAACGAGGGCAUACACAUGGACAUGGGACGAUGG